AUGUGGUCCAGUCUCCUCCUCUUAGGAGGUGUCUCUAUGAGCAUUGCCAACCCAAUCAUUCGACAAGAUGCCCAUCCUGCCUACCGUAACAAGACUCUCUGCAUCGACAAGCGUGUCGAUGACUUGAUGUCUCGUAUGUCAUUGGAAGACAAAGCAGGACAGAUGUUCCACGCUCGCACCAAUGUUGUCAACAACACCUUUGACGAGACCGUGCAAGGAUACAUCACUGACAAGCGCAUCACUGCCUAUGUCUUGAGUGGUGGUGUCAAUGAUGUCCGUGGUGUUGCAAACUGGUACAACGAACUUCAAAAAGUUGCCCUCAGCACACCUCUCGGCAUCCCCAUCACUAUCUCUUCCGAUCCCCAGCACGGUUGGACAGAUGAGAAUGCUGUUAGUGUCGUCGCUAAAGGCUUCUCUCGUUGGACGGAGCCUCUUGGUCUCGCUGCUCUGCGAUCACCCGAGCUAGUCCGUACUUUCCACGAGAUUGCCAGAGAAGAAUACACUGCUGUCGGUAUUCGACAGGCUCUUCAUCCUCAGGUUGAUUUGGCUACUGAGCCGAGGUGGGGCCGUAUCACUGGUACCAUGGGUGAGGAUGCCAACUUGACCAGCGCUUUGGUGGUUGCAGCUAUCAAGGGUCUGCAAGGUGACAAGAUUGGUCCUCAUUCAGUUAUUGCCACAACGAAACACUUUCCAGGAGGCGGUGCAAUGGAGAACGGAGAGGAUUCUCACUUUCCUUGGGGCAAAAACGCGACUUACCCUGGAGACAACCGGGAGUACCACUUGCAGCCCUUCAGGGCUGCCAUUGCUGCUGGCACACGACAAAUGAUGCCUUAUUACUCUCGUCCCAUCAAUACUUCAUGGGAGGAGGUUGCUUUCGGCUUCAACAAGGGUGUUGUCACUGACCUUCUCAAGAAGGAACUUGGCUACGAGGGCAUCGUCGUUACCGAUUGGGGUAUCGUUACUACCCGAUUCUGGGGACUUGAGGACGAGACUGAGCUUGAACGUGCUCGUCGUGUCAUCGAGGCUGGUUGUGAUAUCUUUGGUGGUGAGACCAAGCCUGAGCUGAUCAUCGAGCUGGUCAAGAAGGGUCUGGUACCAGAGUCUCGCAUCGACGAGUCUGUCCGCAAACUGAUGAAGGAGAAAUUUGAGCUUGGUCUCUUUGACAACCCUUUCGUUGAUGUUGAGAGGUCCGUCCGCAUUGCUGGAAACGACUACUUCAGCCGUCUCGGAAACGAAACACAACGUCGCGCUUUCACUAUGCUUACCAACAAGGACGAUAUCCUCCCUCUCCCUCUUGCUGCUCUUGACGCCAAGUUCUACAUUGAGGGUAUAGAAGCUGAGGCUCUUGAGCAGCGCAACCUCACCGUGGUUGAUAAGCCCGAAGACGCUGACUACGCCCUCCUCCGUCUCGCCUCACCUUUCAAGCCUACCACUGCCCCCGGUCUUCCCGCCAUGAUCAACAACGGCAGUAUCGAGUUCAACGCCACAGAAAAGGCCCGCCAGGCCAAGAUUUACGCGACUCUACCCACCAUUGUUGAUAUCAGAUUGAACCGCCCUGCCGCCGUUCCCGAAGUCGCCGAGAACGCUGCUGCUCUGUUUGGUAGCUACGGCAGCAGCCACGAUGCUUUCCUUGAUGUUGUUUUCGGCACUGAUGGUUGGGGUCCUGAGGGUCAAUUGCCUUUCGGUAUGCCUAUUUCGCAAGCUGCUGCUGAUGCGCAAUUGGAGGAUGUGGCGUUUGAUGGAGAGGUUUUGUUCAAGUAUGGACAUGGAUUGAGGUAUAAGGAUAUUUGUGAAAGCUCCUAG